AUGAUUUUGCAAUUUCCACCAUGGCGACACGACUCUGAAUUAGCUAUGGUCCGAGACUGGUUCUUCCCCCGCCAUGCGAAACAGGAAGUGUUUUCCUCCAUCAUCGCAUCUGACUCUUCGCGAGACACAAGGCAGCGUGCGAUUGACCGGGUCAAUCUCUGGCUGUUCAAAGCCGGUCAACUGCCCCCGGCGAUGGUAGCCACCGCAAGCUUGACCGAGGCUUUAAUUCACGAUGAACGCAGGAGGUCAUCAUCAGGGACGGUCAUCUCUGAUUCGGCCAUGCAGAGCAUCUAUGCCAUGGCAUUUGCGAGGUUUGUCAAUGGAUUCGUUGACCGUGAUGUCGCUCGUUCAUAUGCCGCCGAGAUGACUCGGGACGAUACUCCCGAGGGAGAAGACGUGACUCGAUUCUCAGCAAGCGCCGCCAAGGGUGAAACCUCCAUGUACACUCACGCCGCCACGAUUGGGAUGCCGCAGACAUUUGUUGAUCUCCGCCACCAAGUCACCCAUGCUGACAUUCCCAAUCUGAUGUAUCUGAGAAAAAUGACGGAGCAGGCUUUGGACUGGAUGUGGGAGAAGUGGUGGGUCAAGAAUGUGACUGGCCGACCAGAACGUGCAUUGAGGGAGCUAGAAGACCGGCGGCGGGUUUCACGAGAAGCUAGAGAUGCCAGAGAAUCAACCAAGAAAGACUCUCGUGACACGAUGUUCCACGACGACCCCGAUAGCGACGGUCAGGGAGUGUCAACGGAGGCGACAUUGGUUGCGAGCACCGGACAGAAUGAACCUAAGGUCUCCUCGACAGCCAGAAGUAGAUAUGUGCCAAAACGCAAGGCUGCAGCUUUAGAUGACGAUAAUUAG